AUGGGUGCCGCCGCCGGCCGGAGCGCCCACCCGGGGCCCGCGCCCGCCGGCCGCCCGCUGCGCUCGCUGCUCGCGCUGCAGCUGCUGCUGCUCGUCGGGGCCCCCGGCGCCGCGCGGGCCCAGGGCGCCGACUUCCCCGAGCUGUGCAGCUACACUUGGGAAGCUGUUGACACCAAAAACCAGAUGCUCUACAAGAUCAGCGUCUGCGGGAACGUGGCCAUUCCCGCGUGCGGGGCGUCGAGCGCCGUCUGCAUGCAGAACCUGAAGACGGGCCGCUACCGCUCCGUGGGCGACUCCCUGCUGAAGAGCGCCACCAGGACCCUCCUGGAGUUCAACUCCACCGCGGACUGCGACGGCGGCGGGCGCGCGCGCCACAAGGUGCAGAGCAGCAUCGCCUUCCUCUGCGGCAAGACCCUGGGCACGCCCGAGUUCGUGGCCGCCGCGGACUGUGUGCACUACUUCGAGUGGAGGACCUCCGCCGCCUGCAAGAAGGACACGUUCAAAGCCAAGAAAGAGGUGCCCUGCUAUGCAUUUGAUAGCGAGUUCAAGAAGCACGACCUGAGCCCCCUGAUCAAGCUCAGCGGCGCCUACUUGGUGGAUGACUCGGACCCGGACAUAUCUCUGUUCAUCAACGUUUGCAGAGACAUAGACUCGCUCCGGGGCCCCAGCCCGCAGCUGCGCGCCUGCCCCCCGGGCACCGCCGCCUGCCUGGUGCGCGGGGGCCAGGCCUUCGACGUGGGCCAGCCCAAGGAGGGGCUGAAGCUCGUGAACAAGGACAGGCUGGUCCUGACCUACAGCAAAGAAGAGGGAGUGAGGCCGGACUUCUGUGAGGGCCACAGCCCGGCCGUGACCGUCACCUUCGUCUGCCCGUCGGAGCGCCGCGAGGGCACCCUCCCCAAGCUCACGGCCAAGUCCAACUGCCGCUACGAGGUGGAGUGGGUGACCGAGUACGCCUGCCACCGCGAGUACCUGGAGAGCAGCAACUGCUCCCUGAGCAGCGCCCAGCACGACGUGGCCAUCGACCUGGGGCCGCUGCGGCAGGCCCGGGGCCGGUACACUGCGGAUGGGAAGGAGUACGUUUUUUAUUUGAACGUCUGCGGAGAAGUUGAAGCCGCCCCAAAGGCCUGUAAUGAGAAACAGGCUGCGGUUUGCCAAGCGAAGAAGCCUGAUUUCACUCAAGUCAAAGUGGCAGGAAAAUUCCAGAGCCAGACUCUCCGGUACUCGGACGGAGACCUCACCCUCAUCUACUUCGGCGGCGACGAGUGCAGCUCCGGCUUCCAGCGCAUGAGUGUCAUCAACUUCGAGUGCAACGAGACUGCAGGCAACGGCGGCAGAGGCACGCCCGUGUUCACCGGGGAGCUGGACUGCACCUACUUCUUCACCUGGGACACGAAGCACGCGUGCGUGAAGGAGAAGGAGGACCUCCUGUGCGGCCUCACCAUCGGGAAGCAGCGGUAUGACCUGUCCGCUCUGGCCCGGCACGCAGAACGGGAACGGAACUGGGAGGCCGUGGGUGGCAGCCAGAAGGGCUCCGAGAAGAAGCAAUUCUUCAUCAACAUCUGCCGCCGGCUGCUGCCCGAGGGCCCGGCCCGGGGCUGCCCCGAGGAAGCGGCUGCGUGCGCUGUGGACAAGAACGGAAAGAAGAGUCUGGGCAAAUUUGUGUCUUCUCCCAUUAAAGAGAACGGGAACAUCAUUCUCUCUUACUCCGAUGGCGAUGUCUGUGGUGAUAAGAAGAGAAUAAAAACUGACAUUGUACUUGUGUGCAAGCCAGGGGAGCUGGAGAGCGCCCCGGUGCUGACGGACGCCCGGGAGGACGGCUGCUUCUACGAGUUCGAGUGGCACACGGCCGCCGCCUGCGUGCUGGCGCGCACCGAGGGCGACAACUGCACCGUCUUCGACUCCCAGGCAGGCUUCUCCUACGACCUGUCGCCCCUCACCAAGAAGGACGGCUACAAGGUGGAGACGGCCAAGUACGACUUCUACAUCAACGUGUGCGCGGCGGUGACCGCGGGCGGCUGCCAGCCCGGCGCGGGCGCCUGCCAGGUGGCGAGAAGCGAUGGGAAGGCUUGGAACUUGGGACAGAGCAACGCUAAGCUUUCCUAUUACGAUGGGAUGAUCCAGCUGACCUACAGGGAUGGCACGCCCUACAACAACAACAGACACACCCCCAGGUCCACGCUCAUCACCUUCCUCUGUGACCGGGACGCAGAUGUGGGCGUCCCCGAGUACCAGGAGGAAGAUAACUCGACCUACAACUUCCGCUGGUACACCAGCUACGCCUGCCCCGAGGAGCCGCUGGAGUGCCUGGUGACCGACCCGCUGUCCAUGGAGCAGUACGACCUCUCCAGGCUGGCCAAGGCAGACGAUGGCCCCGAGGGAAACUGGUACGCGCUGGACAGCGCCGGGGCCCACAGCGCGUGGCGCAAGUACUACAUCAACGUGUGCCGGCCCCUGAGCCCCGUGCCGGGCUGCGACCGCUACGCGUCCGCCUGCCAGAUGCGGUACGAGAACAAGCAGGGCGUGUUCUCCGAGGUCGUCUCCAUCAGCAACCUGGGCAUGGCGCGGUUCGGGCCGCUGGUGGAGGAGAGUGGCAGCCUGCUGCUGGAGUACGAGAACGGCUCGGCCUGCACCACCAGCGACGGCGUGCAGACCACCUACACCACCCGCAUCCACCUCGUGUGCUCCAGGGGCAGCCUGAACACCCACCCGAUCUUCUCUCUCAUCUGGGAGUGUGUGGCCACGUUCCUCUGGAACACGGAGGCCGCCUGUCCCAUCCAGAUAACCACGGAAACAGACGAGGCCUGUGCCAUAAGGGACCCGAACAGCGGGUACGUGUUUGACCUGAACCCGCUCAACAGUUCCCAAGGCUACGUGGUCUCCGGCAUUGGGAAGACUUUUGUGUUCAAUGUGUGCGGCCCGAUGCCCGUGUGUGGGACCCUGGACGGAAAGCCGGCCGCCGGCUGUGAGGCGGCGACCCAGACAGCGGAUCUCAACAACCUGAAGCCAGAGCGGCAGGUCGGCCUGGAGAAGAACCUCCAGCUGUCCACGGAGGGCUUCAUGACGCUGACCUACAAGGGCCCCUACUCCGACGCCAAGGCGUCUGGCAGUUCUUUCAUCAUCCGCUUUGUGUGCAACGAUGACGUGUACCCAGGAAUCCCCAAAUUCCUGCACCAGGACAUCGACGCCGGCCUGGGCCUCCGCAGGACCUACAUUGAGUUUGAAACGGCGCUGGCCUGCGUGCCUUCCCCCGUGGACUGCCAGGUCACAGACCCGGCCGGGAACGAGUAUGACCUGAGUGGCCUGAGCAGCGUGCGGAAGCCCUGGGUUGCCGUGGACCCCACGGUGGACGGAGAGAGGAGGACGUUCUACCUGAGCGUGUGCACGCCCCUCCCGUACAUCCCCGGGUGCCGAGGCCAUGCAGUGGGGUCGUGCCUGGUGUCCGAGGAGGACAACUGGAACCUGGGCGUGGUGCAGAUCAGCCCGCAGGCCGCCGGCAACGGGUCCCUGAGCCUCGUCUACGUCAACGGCGACAAGUGCAACGGGAACCAGCGCUAUUCCACCAGGAUAACGCUGGAAUGUGCCCAGACAUCGGGCUCGCCCACGUUCCAGCUGCUGGACGAGUGCGAGUACGUGUUCGUCUGGAGGACGGUGGAAGCCUGCCCGGUGAUCAGAGCGGAAGGAGACAACUGCGAGGUGCGGGACCCCAAGCACGGCCAUCUGUACGACCUGAAGCCGCUCUCGCUGAACGACAGCGUGGUGAACGCCGGGGAGUACACCUACUACUUCCGCGUCUGCGCGAAGCUGGCCGCCGGCGUCUGCUCCACCGACGACAAGUCCAAGGUGAUCUCGUCCUGCCAGGAGAAGCGGGGCCCGCUGGGGUUCCACAAGGUGGCAGGCCUCCUCACGCAGAAGCUGACCUACGAGAACGGGCUGCUGAAGAUGAACCUCACGGGUGGCGACACCUGCCACAAGGUGCACCAGCGCUCCACCACCAUCUUCUUCUACUGCCAUCACAGCACCCAGAAGCCCGUGUUCCUGCAGGAGACCUCCGACUGCUCCUACCUGUUCGAGUGGCGCACCCAGUACGCCUGCCGCCCCUUCGACGUGACCGAGUGCUCCUUCAAAGACGCGGCCGGCAACACCUUCGACCUGUCGCCCCUGUCGCGGUACAGCGACAACUGGGAGGCUGUCACCAGCACCGGGGCCCCCGAGCACUACCUCAUCAACGUCUGCAAGUCGCUGGCCCCGCAGCCCGGCGCCGAGCCCUGCCCGCAGGAGGCGGCCGCGUGUCUGCUGAACGGCUCCAAGCCCGUGAGCCUGGGCCGGGUGCGGGACGGCCCCCAGCAGGAGGGCGGCAUCACCGUCCUCAAGUACGUGGACGGCGACCUGUGUCCUGACAGGAUCCGGAACAAGUCCACCAUCAUCCGGUUCACCUGCAGCGAGAACCAGGUGAACGCCAGGCCCAUGUUCAUCAGCGCCGUGGAGGACUGCGAGUUCACCUUCGCCUGGCCCACGCCGGCCGCCUGCCCCGUGCGGAGCAACGUGCACGGCGACUGCCGCGUCACCAACCCUGCCACCGGGCACCUCUUCGACCUGAACUCUCUGGGCGGCAAAGAGGGACACACGGCCGCCUACAGCGAGAAGGGGCUGGUCUUCCUCAGCAUCUGCGGGGAGAACGAGAACUGCGCCCCCGGCGUCGGGGCCUGCUUCGGGCAGACCAGGAUCAGCGUGGGCAGGGCCAACAAGAGGCUCACCUACGUGGACCAGGUCCUGCAGCUGGUGUACGAGGAGGGCUCGCCCUGCCCGUCCAAGUCUGGCCUGCGCUACAAGAGCGUCAUCAGCUUCGUGUGCAGGCCCGAGGCCGGGCCCACCAACAGGCCCAUGCUCAUCUCGCUGGACAAGCGGACCUGCACGCUCUUCUUCUCCUGGCACACGCCGCUGGCCUGCGAGCAGGCGACGGAGUGCUCUGUGAGGAACGGCAGCUCCAUCAUCGACCUGUCGCCCCUCAUCCACCAAACGGGGGGCUACGAGGCGUACGACGAGAGUGAGGACGAGUCCUCCGACACCAACCCCGACUACUACAUCAACAUCUGCCAGCCGCUGAACCCCAUGCACGGCGUGGCCUGCCCCGCCGGGACCGCCGUGUGCAAGGUGCCCGUGGACGGGGCCCCCAUCGACAUUGGCCGAGUCUCGGGACCCCCGAUACUCAACCCCGUGGCCAACGAGGUCUACUUGAACUUCGAGAGCAGCACCCCAUGCCUGGCCGACAAGCACUUCAACUACACCUCGCUCAUCUCCUUCCACUGCAGGCGGGGCGUGAGCAUGGGGACCCCGGAGCUGCUGCGGGUGAGCGACUGUGACUUCGUGUUUGAGUGGGAGACGCCGCUGGUGUGCCCGGACGAGGUGAGGACGGAGGGCUGCUCCCUGAUGGACGAGCAGCUCGACUACAGCUUCAACCUGUCCAGCCUGUCCAAGAGCACCUUCAAGGUGACUCGGGACUCGCGCACGUACAGCGUGGGCGUGUGCACGGCGGCCGCGGGCCCGGACGAGGGCGGCUGCAGGGACGGCGGCGUCUGCCUGCUCUCGGCGAGCAAGGGCGUGUCCUUCGGGCGGCUGGCGUCCAUGCGGCUGGACUACCGGCACCAGGACGAGGCCGUCAUUCUGAGCUACGCCAACGGAGACACCUGCCCUCCAGAAACCGAGGAUGGCGACCCCUGCGUGUUCCCCUUCACCUUCAACGGCAAGAGCUACGAGGAGUGCGUGCUGGAGAACAGGGUGCGGCUGUGGUGCGCCACCACCGCCAACUACGACCGCGACCGCGAGUGGGGCUUCUGCAGGCGGUCCACCAGCCACCGCACGUCCGCCAUCAUCUUCAAGUGCGACGAGGAGGCCGACAUCGGGCGGCCCCAGGUCUUCAGCGAGACGCGCGGGUGCGAGGUGACGUUCGAGUGGAAAACCAAAGUGGUCUGCCCGCCCAAGAAGAUGGAGUGCAAGUUCAUCCACGGGCACAAGACCUACGACCUGCGGCUGCUGUCCUCCCUCACCGGGGCCUGGUUCUUUGACCAUGAGGGAGCCUCGUACUACAUCAACCUGUGCCAGAAGAUAAACAAGGGGCCGCUGGACUGCUCGGACCGGGCCAGCGUCUGCAGGAAGAGUGCCGCGGGGGACGUGCAGGUGCUGGGGCUGGUGCACACGCAGAAGCUGGACGUCAGCGAUGACAAGAUCACGGUGACGUACUCGAAAGGCGACGUGUGUGGUGAGAACAAGUCCACGUCCACUGUCAUCGAGCUGACCUGCGCGAAGACUGUGGGCAGGCCCGCCUUCCGGAGGUUCGACAUGGACACCUGCACCUACCACUUGAGCUGGGACACGCGUGCGGCCUGCGCCGUGAAGCCCCAGGAGGUGCAGAUGGUGAAUGGCACCAUCACCAACCCCGUCAACGGCAAGAGCGUCAGCCUCGGAGACAUUUACUUUAAGCAGUUCAGUGCCUCUGGGGACAUUCGAACCAACGGGGACAAGUACCUGUAUGAGAUCCAGCUGUCUUCCAUCACAAGCUCCAACAACCCGGUGUGCUAUGGAGCCACCGUCUGCCAAGUUAAAUCCAACGACCAGCACUUCAGCAGGAAAGUGGGAACUGCCGAUAAAACCAAAUACUACAUUCAAGAUGGAGAUCUGGAUGUGGUGUUUUCCUCUACCUCCAAAUGUGGGAAAGAUAAGACAAAGACAGUCUCUUCCACCAUCUUCUUCCACUGUGACCCUCUGGUGACCGAGGGGCUCCCCGAGUUCAACCAUGAGACCGCCGACUGCCAGUACCUCUUCUCCUGGUACACCUCCGCCGUGUGUCCGCUGAGGGCGGGCUUCGACGGCGAGGACGCCGGGGCGGGCGUGCCGGCCCACACGGGGCUGUCGGAGCGGAGUCAGGCGGUGGGCGCGGUGCUCAGCCUGCUGCUGGUGGCGCUCACGGGCUGCCUGCUGACCCUGUUGCUCUACAAAAAGGAAAGGCGGGAAACGGUGCUGAGUAAGCUAACCAGCUGCUGUAGAGGAAGUGCAAACGUGUCCUACAAAUACUCCAAGCAGGUCAACAAGGAGGAGGAGGUGGACGAGAACGAAACGGAGUGGCUGAUGGAGGAGAUCCAGGCGCCGGGCGCGCGGCCUGCCAAGGACGGGCAGGAGAACGGCCACGUCACCACCAAGCCCGUGGAGGCCGCGGCCCUCGCCUCCCUGCACGGGGACGACCAGGACAGCGAGGACGAGGUCCUGACCAUCCCAGAGAGCGGAGACACGCAGACACAGGCACACACAGAGGGAAGCGGACGUGAAGACUCAGGGGAGAGACGGUCCAAUGCCAGCCAAGGCGAGCAGCCUGGAGAGCCCUGCCCUGAGCCGCAGGAGGAGCCCACCCUGCCCGCCCCGUGA